CCAGGCCCCGCCUGCCAAGCUGUUUUCCUCUGAGAGCCUUCCUGAGUGCUGCUAUUUUGGGCCCUCGUGACAGUAAUUGACGGCUGGUGGAAAAGUAUAAAAGCAGCUCCCGGACCUCAAGGUUCACCAGAUGGUUCAGGGAGCAUUCUGCUCCGGGCAGUGGCAUGGUCCUCACUGUCCUCCUCCUGGCAGUCUGAGGCCGGACUCGGAGCUCCAACUGCUGGACCCCUAUUCCUCGAGUCCCAAGCUUCCUGGGGCUUCCCGCGACUGUCCUUGCUCUUCCAGCAUCCCUGCUACUCCCAGGCCCCCUCAGCUACAGCCAACAGGUUGCUGCUUCCCUGUCACCGGCAGCCAUGAGGUCCCGGCUCCUGCUUUCUGUGGUCCACCUGCCCACAAUCCGGGAGAGCUGGGAGGAGAGACUGCCCGGGGGGCCUGGGCAGGAACUUCCGGCUUCCCUCAGCCUGGAUGACUACAUGAGGUCCAUUUGUCAGCUGGCACAGCCCACCUCAGUGCAGGAAGAGUCUGCAGCCAGGGUCCAACCCAGCAGAUCCCCCUGGCCAUUCCGGGCCAGGGAGAAGAGCUGCUCCACUGGGUCCCUACAGGACAUCACCACCCGCUUCAGCAGCCAGCAGCCUGCACUGCCUGAGGCUGGCAAUGCCGACCCCCUGGACUGGCUCUUUGGGCAGUCCCAGGAAAAGCAGCCAAGUUGGAAGUACCAACCAAGGAGGACUGGCCCCUCUGCUGACCAAUGGGGCCCACGCAGACAGAUGGACAGCAGCAAGGCCCAGGGCGGCCCCAGAGGGAGGCUCUGUGAUGCCAGGACACCGGGGCACUCUCUGGCGAGACCAUCAAGGGACUGGCACCAGGGCUCCUGGGCUUCUGGGCGAUACAACCAGGCCACAGCCUUCCCAACAAGCUCACGCCCCAGCAGCAUCCUCAGAACUCUCUAUUUGAACCUCCCAGUGAUCCAUGAACUCUGAUCCCUCCCUAAUAAUGGCUUCUGUACUUCUGUAUGGAGCAAACUGGUCUCCCCACCUUAUCUCCCCUGAGAUGGGUACUGCCUCUGGCAGGUCUGGUGGGGGGAGGGAGGGAUGUCUUUCUGCAGGGGCUGCCUGCUUUGAAAAUUCUGAGUGAGACCCCCUGCUCCAAAUAGUGAGAACAACCUAUCUCACAGGAUGUGGUGUUACCAAUCCCAUUUGCAUUGUUUCUUACUGGCUGCCUUGGGCAAGUUAUUUCAUGUCUCUGUUUCUCGGUUUUCAUGGGUAAAAAGGGGGUCGUUAAUGGGACCUGCCUCCUAAGCUGUUCUGACAAAUAAAUGGGAUCAAAUCCACACAUCAGGGGCACAUGUUACAAGCCCAUACAUGGAGUAGCUAUUUUCUAUGUGGGGAAACAAGGUUGUGGGGAGAGGAGAAGUGAGGUCUCAGCCCCCAAUGGCUUCAGAGAGAGGCUCUGGGCACUCCCAAGUCAGCCCUUUGGCCCUCACCUUCAGAGCCCAUGUUCCAUGAGGCCCAAGGGAAAACAUGGAGUCUCAGCAAAUGCCCCCACUGUGUUUCAGGGGGACCUGCACUGAGUCACCGGGGGGUACCUCAGUGGCUCUAGCUCACAAGUCCUGUUGUGUCAUCAGGUGAGUUUUCCCCAGGCUAAGGGCCAAGACAGAACCUGUGCCGGCUCAGUCUGCAGGGUGCCAAAUGACUGGACCAGGUGGCCCUGUCCCCACAUGUCCUCACCCCUACCUGCCUCAACCGUGGGGUGACGUGCAGGGUGUUGUCUAGUCACCCUGUUCUUAGGCAAGUCCAGGGGCUAAGGCCUCACUCCACAUUUCCUAAGGCUCAGGCCAGUCUGGGCCAGUCCUGGGUCCCCCCGAGACUAGCAAACCCCAGUUCCUGGAGGCAAGCAAAGAGGUGAGGGUGAACAUUAGGGGAGAGGGAGGAUUUCCCUUCUCAGAGGGGCAGGCGAAGCAUGAGAGAGCUCACAAGAAUCAGGCCUGAGAGCCUGUCAUCCUGUUCCCUGGGGCUGGCCCAGAGCUGGCUGACCCUGGUCAGUGUGGAGGGGACGGAGAGGAGAGGAGGAUAGAGCUGCGACAGCAGCCAAGCUCUCAGCCUGCUUCAGCCUCCUCCAUCUCCUUGCUCUGUGGACUAUCAACAUGUUUUCUCCUUUCCUUCCUUUUAACUUUUUUUCCAUUCCUUCCUUCCUUUCUUUUUUAAAGCUAUUUUUAAAUUGCUCUGGGCUUUUAAAAUGUUAACUGUCUUCUUUUAUGUGUGUUUUGUAGGGAGGCAGAAUGUAAACCAUACAUUUAGGAGAAAAAGUGUCAUACAAGAAA